GGGAGGGGGAAAUGGAAAUGGAAGUGGUGGAACCUCCGCAGAUGGACAACAGCAACCUGCCAGUGGACGCAACUACGCCACUGUCCUGCAGGGGGAGGUAUCUGGACAGAGGGACUACCCUGGCAGCUUGGGGAGAGGAGGACUAGAGAUGGGGAGCAACUUUGUGGUGGCGAGGCCAGACAGGGAGGGCGGAGGGAUAUCAUCUGUCUACCCCGAUGCAGCUGGCUUUAUUGGGGACUGGCGUGAUCGGGUGGGUCUGGGGGGGUAUGUUUUGGGCAGAAGGGAUAUAACCCCCCAGCUCUUUCCCUUCCCAGGGCAGCCUCGGGGAGCAUAUGGCGGUGUGAUGGGCUUCGGGGCCGGCUGGGUUCCGGGAAUGGAGGCUGCGAGAGGAGCUCCAGGGCCCGGGGGUCCCUCCUUGGCACUGAGGGUGGGUGAGUUCCUACGUCUGCGUCUUGCCCAGGUCACUUUUGACCCUUCGCAGCCACCGUACGACUCUGUGCAGGUGUACGGCCUGGAGGGCACAGGGUCCCGGGCUGGAUCCCUCAGCUCACUUGAGAGCGAAGGAGAGAAGGAUGCAGAGAAAGAGGAGUGGGGGGCAGGGCUGGAAGAAUGGGGCCCCCAGUUCCAGAAAUUAGCUCAACUCUUCAAAGACAGGGAGAAAGAACGGGAGGAGAAGGAAAAAGUUGAUGAGGGUGCCAAAAAGGAGAAGGAAAAGAAAGAUGAGCCGGAGAAGAAAGAGAAAAAAGAGGGAGGGGAGCAGGCUGGAGAAGAGGGGAAAGACUGAGAAAGGAUACAAAUGAAACAAAUAGGGGCAAAGGGGGUAAGAGGGAAUCGGAGGAUGAUGAAAAGGCAACCAGAGCUAGAAUAAUGUGAAGAGAAGUUAAAGGAGAGAAAGAUGAAGAGGCAAAGUAAUAAAAAGAGACAGAGAAAAAUGAGCCUAGGGAGGGUGGAGAGUGCGAGGGCAGGGGGAGUUAGUGAUUGAUGUAAUUUAAAGCAAUAAGUGUUGAAACGCUGAUAUGGUUGAGCACAGAUACUGAGACAAUGCAGAGGCUGCUUCUGCUCGGGGCAGCAACAAUUUGUUAAACGCUUUGGACAAAGAAAAACAACCCAAACAUUCAAGACUCGAUUUAAUUCAACUCUCACGUAUGGAAUGAGAAACAGCAGGAAACAAGAAGAAAGACGUUUUUUUCUCGUCGUGUGUGUCGGUCUGCUCUUUGUGUCCGCAUGUGUGUGUUUGUGUGUGAGAGAAGUCUGCGAGGGAAUACGGAUGUGCAUAUACGUACUUGUGUGUGUGAGCGUAUAUGUGUGCAUAAGAUGGAGCGAUAGAGGCAGGGAGAAAUCAUGCUACCCAGAGACAAUUUAAAGAUGAGACCGGCGACUGAUGAUACGUAAGCUGCGCCAUUAGUUUUCGGGACAACGUGCAAGAGUAAACAUUUAACGAGGAAGUUUAGAAAGUAGGAUAACACACAGGGGAUGAAAUAUGUGUUUGAAUAUAAAGCCAAUGGGAAAGGGGGAUGGAUGUAUAGAGAGAGAAAAACGGUUGUGGAAGUGAGACGAUUGUACAGAAACUGUUACUUUUUAUUCCAUCUGCAGUGGCAGAAAAGUGAAUUAUUCAGCUCACUACUUCAUUCCAAAUGAAAAUGAUGAAUCAUUUAAAUCCUGCAAAAGAUUCUCCCUCCUCUCAGCCCACGAGGAAAACAGACAUUGUGAAAAAUUUAAACGAUUUAGGGAUGUGAUCCCCCAAACCUCCCCACCCUCCACCCCUCUCAUCCCUCCAGCUUUUUGUAGUCGAGUGUUGGUAUGUUUACAAAGACUCACACACAAACACACACACACAGACACAAAACAACUGAUGCGCACCAUGAGGCUUUGAUUGUACUAUGGUAAAUUAUAAAAGCAAACCCAUCCACAACUAUUCCAUCUACUAUAUGGAGUAAUGAUGACUCUAUUAUUCAUCUCUUUAAUGUUUAUAUGGAAGAAGUCUCCUAUUUUUUAUCCCCACUGUAGUCUCACUUGACACGUCUCGAGGACAACGUAUGCAUGAUUUUUGAAAACAGCAGCAAAGCUAAAAAGGCAAUCAAUUCUGUUUUGAACUAUCGUACCUCCCAAAUGAAAAUUUCCAUAGAUCUGUAAUGAAAUUAUAAAGGAACAAAACCACAGAGACUCCCACGACAGGCUUUUUGUUCUUGUUAAAGGUCAGGAUGCAAAUGAGCUGGAGUUUUCAGCUGGAAUGCACUUUUAUACUGUGUGAUGUUCAAUAAUAGAUAAUGAAUAAUGUCAAAGAUUACAGUUGUUUUAUAAGAUGUCAAUUAAACAAAAAAAAAGAUACAAUGUUUGACUGUAUGUAAAAGCAUUUCAAAUGUAAAUACCACUGAAUAUUAUUGCUAAAAGAGAGUAUAUAAAAUGAAAAAAAAAAAAAAAAAAUCUAAAGCAGAACUUGUCCAAAUGGAGCACUGUUGGGACUAUCUCUAUGUACUGUAGAUUAGAAAAUGGAGUAAUGGAGCUGGAUUUAACAGCCUCCCUGGACUGAAAACAACACCAUGUAUUCAACACCUGUGUAAAACAUAAACAGGUUUGGUUUGUGGUAGCGCUCGUCUGAGAUGGACAAGCCAGAGAAUCAAUUAUACAUGUGGCCUCUGGCAGAAGUUUGCUGUGCAAAGUAUUAGUUAGAGGAAGCCUCAGAACUAGCCUGUCGCUGCGAAGGAUCCCAGCGGGACAAGGAGAAAUUCCCCGAACAGACAUACAACAGAAAUUCAGUCUCUUCCUUAAAAUCUGGGUUAUUAUUCUGCAAAAGUAAAGUGAUAAAUGAAAAUGGAAUUUGUAAUAAGUUUCUAGGACAGCUCUGUCAUUAGUGUUGCACUGCCUGAGAGAUAUGAAACAAAGUUUUAUAGAUGGUUACUUAUCUCUAGAAAUAUAAUAAACUGUACAUUUAAGAUUUUUAAUAAAAGCACGGGAAAGUCACUGUCCAUCAAAUGUCAUCUUUCAUGCAUUUUAGGCAAUGCAACUCAAUGACCCAUUUAAUAUUACCUUUUGCUUUGCCUUGACCACGGCGUAGAUCUAAAGUCAAGCAGAGUCUCUAACAUUGUGGAAUAAAAACAGUCAGAUCUGUUGAAUUUUUGGAGUCCCGAGGGGAAUUUUGCCACGUACCCCAACCUGAAAGUGGAUGUCUUUGGUGUGCCAUCACAGAAACGUCACCAUUUGUCACUGGUUCGCUGUAAAGCCACCCACAUAAAGUCAAGCUACCAGCUUUGCUAUUGUCCACCAUAAUCUUGUUGUCAAGGUCUGCUUCUGUCAACACUUAGUUAACCAAUCAGGAAGUCAGACUACGUGCUGACCCAAACAAAACCCACAUACACCUCUGUACCCUUUACCUGAGCCACAGACUUACCCAUACAGUGCCACUGUGCAGACUGGAUGGUGUCAGGACCAAUGUACAAAUACUGCACAAUAACUGGAGAAGAGUGUGGGGGGGCACAGAACCUCAGGGGGGAUCUGAGUUAUAAGUCAUUUUGCUGAUCAUCAAUACCUCAACACCCUAAAGCUACUUCAACUUUUCAUUAGCUAUGUAACACAAAGCCAAAGUGACAAGGCGUAUAAGCAAUUAGACACAUACAGCAAUAUACUGUGUGCCAACCUCAAAGGAUAAUUCCGCUUUAUUACAACUUGGGUCUUAUUGUCAUAGUUUUUACUAUUAUUUCUAUCGGUGAUAAUAACAUUGUGCUUUACAGGUUAACAGGUGAGACCUGGGACUGAGAAACAUCUCUUUAGAGAAGUGAAAUAGGGCAAGAAACACAAGCUUACAGGUCUAAAACAAAUGUCAGCCAGAGUUAUUUGAGAAAAGGCAAAUGGUAAAAUUAGUUGCAUAGAUGUGCAUGCACACACUGUUUCUUAGCAGGAUUAUUGCAAACAUUUUGACAAUGUUUAUAUGGUAUCUUGAGCAAAUCAGAUAGAUAUUAGAUAUCAAGACAGCUCAGUGUAAUGCACCUGUGAUGGACUGAAAUAUCAUUUUAGCUACAUGUAGAAAAAGUGUAAUUACAUCCACCUCUUCAAGACGCAUACGUAAUUUUUACCCCUCGGUAAGCAGUCUGUGUAAGUGGUGACACUGGUGUUAAACUAAGUGGUGGUUCUCCCUGUCAAGUUUCAUUUAUAUAGCACUUUUAAAAGCAAACAGGUUUUGCAACAAAGUGCUUCACAAAGACAGACAUAUCUGUGUACACACAAUCAUAGAGACAUUUAAGUGCAUAGAUGAGUAAAGCAGGAUUAAAAUAGAAACAAGUUUAAACACAAUUGAAAUCCAGGGAAUUAGGUAAAAAUAGGAAACAGGUUAAACACAAUUAAAAGCCAGAGAAUUAAAGUGGGUCUUAGCCCCGACCUUGCCUUUUUUUCCCCCACAAAUGGGGCACAGCCACCAUGCCACAGUGAUCUAAGGGGUCUAUUGGUGCUGUAAGGGCCGAGACGUUGACAUAUAUCUACAUCAUGGAGAGAUUUGUAGACAAUUCGAAGGAUAUUUAAGUUUAUCCUAAAAUGAACAGGGAGUCAGUGUCACAGUAAGGUGUGUUUACCUGAUUCCUGAUCAGUUCAUACUUUAAAUGAUCUGCAUUACAACCACCUUCUCAGUUGGAAUAGGGGUGAGUGUUAAUCAAAGUGUGUUUAAUCUCAUCUGGAUUUUAUCUGGAUACUAAACUACUGCCUUUUUUUUUUACAAUCUACUGAGUUGUUUGACCUCUUGUCUCUAUUUCACUUUGUUGUAGCAAUGUGAACAUGUUUCCUGUUCCCAGCAAUUAGACAGGUGUGAACGUAUCUGAUAUAGAUGAGACCCAGGUUGUAAUAAAUCAGAAUUAUCCUUUAAACCUCGUUUUAUUGGAGCAGAAUGUCAGAUGAUUUAGAGUAGAUGAAAUGACAUGAUGUCUCGAAUGAGAAUUUCACUGGUAAACCUGAAAUGACUGCCAAAGAACUUGGAACCAUUUUGUUAUGAGAAUGAGUUUCGUCGUAAAGAGCACUAAUGUGCUGCUUUGCCAAUGCAUCAUCUGGGCAAUGUUUUUCUCAGCAUUUACGUGGAAUGUGCCAACUUUCUGAGUUUCUCUGUGUCUCAACAAAAACACACAGAAAAACUAAUUUUCAUAACAGUAUUUCCAAUUCUGGGCUAGCCAUUGCAAAAGCAAUUAGCAUCGGUAUACCAAUAAGUGACCUUUCUUGCCAUUCCAAUUAUAUGGUUUAUUCCACAGUCUUGAUUGGCUCCAGGUGUUCUCAUCUCUGCUGAUUGGUCUAAUUCAAAGUUCUGAUCUGGCUGAUUGGUCAAAAUCAAAGUGAUGAUUCUCCUGAUUUGUCUUAUUUUAGAGUUCUGGAGUACUGCGCCGACUAAACCACUUGACGGAGCUGAUUAUCCCACCUCCUGAGCCCGGCAAAUUGGUUCAAUCAAAAGCGUGAUUAGUGGAAUCAGUUGUUUUAAAUAGAAUAAAAGCCUGCAGUCUCUGCAGCACUGCGCAGCUCCUUUUCACUACUUAAGAUAGCUCAGAUGCACCAACCCACAGUGACUGACGAAAGAGGUUCUGUCAGGCCAUUUGUCAAGUCCUGCGCCCAAAAACACCCCCCUGUAUACCGAGGAUAAUGAAGUCACACUUGGAGGAUGGGAGCAGGUAUCUUAGCAUUUAGAUUUGUUUAUAUGUAGCUCAAGGGUGCAGGUUGAAGGACGUGACCUCUGGAGUCCUCUUGACCCCAACCAGGUCAACCCCAUCGGUUCUGUGCCCUCCGGUGACUUCAUUGCUCUUGCACGAUGUUGAUACAAUUCCACAAUUGCGUGCUGAACAAAGUGUAUUUAUUUCUGUUGUACUUUUUCUUUUUGUAAAUUUGAAUAAAAAAGGAACUAU